CUUUCAUUUCCUUGACAGUUUGUUGUCCUUCCAAAGCUCUCCGACGUCUAGGUCACCGGUCAUCAACCUGGCCGGAGAGCAUUCAAUUCUCACAUCCAAAUUUUGAAGCACAAUAUGUAAUAUUUUCUUUUCCCAAUAAUCUAUCUCUUUUUUUGCUUUUCUGGGAUUAAAAAGUUCAUUUUUGGAACAUAUAGUUUGUGCUUUCAUUUCAAAGAUGGGUGAGAAAGGUGAAAGCUUUAGAUGGGCAUUGAUGAGGUCAAACCCCAUGGUUCAUUUGUGGUUUAAGCUCUUGUUGCUUCUUGGGGCUUCUCUAGCAAUAUUGAUUGCAUGGGGAGCAAAUGGUAUCAAAUUUAAUGUCUCAAGUUUACCAUUUAUGCAAACCCUUACAAAUUUCGGUUUUGCUUCUUUUCCUGAUUUCACCAAUAAUGGAGAUAGCAAUGGGUGGAUUUUUGUUGGAUCACAAUCAAAUUAUACAUCAAAGCUUUUGGAAGGUUGGUUGGCCCCAGGGGGAGACGCGUGUAAGGAGUCGAAAACCGUUGACAUCACGAUUCCAAGUCUGGACGGUCACGAUAGCGUUGAGCUGUCCACCGGUGACAUUCACCACUUUAUCUUCCGGUCAUUGGAUGAUUCAGGGAAACCACAUUGUUUAGGAGGCGAUUACUUCGAAAUUGAUCUUUCCGGCGAGAAAUGGAAAUCCCGGCCACCCAUAAACGACUUUGGAAACGGUACAUACGAAUUCUCCCUCCAAAUCCACCCCGAUUUCGCGGGGAGUUACAAUAUCACCAUUACCCUAUUAUUUCGCCAUUACGAAGGGUUGAAAUAUUCCCCACAAAAGUUCGCAUUUGACAAAACCCUUCGUGUGGUCCCCCUCAAAUUUGAAAAAUCGGUAACCAAAUUACCCGAAAUACCCUUGUGUAGCACCAAGUCUGAUUUUAGUAGAGACGUUUGGUCGGGCAGGUGGACCCGACACGCUAUAAACGAGAGCUGCCCGAUCCGCGACGACGGUCGGUUUAUAUGCCAAGAUCCGAAUUUCCCUUGUUUGGACCCGUGGUGCCACGGGCCCCUCGGGUUGUUGGAGAGUAAUGGGUGGGUAUAUUCUUCGCAUUGCUCAUUCAAGAUUUUUUCAAUCGAAGAGGCGUGGGAUUUGUUGAGUCACCGUUGGAUCUUCUGGUGGGGCGAUUCGAACCAUUGCGAUACGAUCCGCAAUAUCCUUCACUUCAUGCUUGAUGUUAAGGACAUUAACGCCGUUCCGAGAAGGUUUGACGGUAACAUCACCAACCCUAAAAACCCAUCCCAAACCCUCAGAUUCACAAGCAUUUUCAACGGUCACCCGAACGACACGGGGAACUACCAAGGUUUGAAUUCUCUAUCAAAUUCAGACUAUAGACAGUUACUAGAUGGGUAUUUUUCGGGUCAAGUUGUUCCGGACACCAUAAUCAUGAAUUCGGGUUUGCACGACGGAAUUUAUUGGCCAAGUAUUAGGGCUUUUGUCAAGGGCGCAGACUAUGCGGCGGCGUUUUGGUCAAGGGUGAUCGAAGGGGUGAAGAAGAGAGGGGUGUUGCCGCCGCGAGUUAUAUAUAGGACCACGGUGGCGACCGGCGGCUACGCGAGGGCGUUGGCUUAUAAUCCACAAAAAAUGGAAGCAUUCAAUGGGGUGGUUUUGGAUAAGAUGAGGUCAUAUAAUGCCUUGGAUAUGGUUGUGGAUGAUUUUGACAUGACAUAUCCAUGGCAUUACGAUAACCGGUGCAAUGAUGGGGUCCACUACGGCCGAGCUCCGGCGAAGCUUGUAUGGAGGGACGGCCAGAUCGGGCACGAGUACUUUGUGGACCUCAUGUUAGGUCAUGUGUUGCUUAAUGCUAUAGCUGCAAGCUAAGUUAGAUAAUGUUAGGUGACUGGAUGGCAAAACAUUGCAUGCUGGGUUCAAUUCAUUAGUUAAUUAGGAGAUUUCUUGCUUUUAUUUUUAUUUUUUUUAUUUUCCUUUGUUUGUUAUACAAUAAUUUUUUUAGUGAUCACACCAUGUAUAGGACAGCUUAGUAUAGCUUGGAUAGCUAGAUGUAUUAUGGAGUAUACUAUUGACUAUCGUUUGUUGAAGACCAUGGGAUUCAGGUGAAUAUAUUUUAAUUACCUAUCUA